CCUCAAGAACAUCACUUUAACCACACAUUUGCAGCCGUAAUAAUGGGUAGAGAAUUACAGAAAAAGAAGCGCCGCUCCGGCCGCCAGACCGUCAAGACCAACAAUAGAAACAAAAAGAUCCUCAACCCCAGAGGAAGCUCGGUCGUCGCCAAGAACUGGGAUAAGAAAGAAACUCUCGCACAAAACUACCGCCGUCUUGGUCUCCUUUCGCGCCUCAAGGCACCCACCGGUGGUGUCGAGAAGAAGCUCAAGGGCGAACGAAUCAAUGCCGAGCCCCAAGCCAACCCUUUCGCCAUUGAUACCAUCGAGAAGGCGACACUGAGCGAGGCGACGGUUGAACGUGAUGCGGACGGCAAGAUUAUCCGUGUAAUUUCGCACUCCAACAACCCCCUCAACGACCCUCUCAACGAGCUCGACUCCGAUAACGAAGACAAUGAGGUCAACCAACACUAUCCCGAGUGGAGCGGCAUCAUUCACGACGAGGCUGAUACCGACGUUGUGCGCUCGCUUGUCGAACAGGCACAGAACCCAGCACCCAAGAAGGUCAGACAUAUGAGCGAGCGAGAGGUGGAGUGGCUUCAGACCCUGGUGGACAAGUAUGGCGACGACACGAGAGCCAUGGCCAAGGACCGCAAGCUGAACCCCAUGCAGCAGACUGCUGCCGACAUUGCGAGACGCUUGAAGAAGUUCAAUGCGUAAAAUCAUGGAGCAUGACAAAAAAGACUACUGGGCGUUUAUGUGGCGUUUAUUUCUUGUUUGUGGCAUUGCGAAUUCUUUGCAACUCGUACAUUCGCAUAUACUAGCUCGGCUUAGAAGUUACAUUUGACGAAUGAAUGGACCAUUUCGUUGCAUAUAAGUAUUGCAUGCUACGUUUGAUAUUACAAAUGAAGUACCAUGUUCAAGCUUGAAAAGAGCAAACGCGAAGUUGUAUUUAUGGCCAGACUAAUUGGUGUCUUUGACACCAAUUGUGCAAGGGCAAGGAAUCUAUCAUGUGCCAAGAAGCGAAACAAAAAUAUCAUGCGAGAAAAAUGCCCAAAACGCCAGCAUAAUGAGUACAUCUAUCCAGAGUCCAAACGUUGAUAUCUGAUUGCUGCGACAGUGCUGUGGACCGUAAAGUGCAACAAAAUCAGAAGUCUAGAGAGCAUCAUCGGUCCACGCGGUCGUAGUGCGCAUUAGGGAACUUGACAGGCUCGUCUGUAUAUGUGCCACCAACCUGAGAUGGCUCGUAAGGCAUAGACGUCGCACCGUGGUACGCUGUCUUGGUCGCAUCAAACAUCUCUUCGCCGCGGGGAGGGAGAGAGCCAUAGCGGCUGGGGUCGUCCUGGUCGUAGUGACUACCACCGUAGCCGCCAGCCUGCUGCUCGUGGUCCUCCAUGUGAACUCGCUCGUAAGCUUCGUCACCAUGGGGCGCCAUCGAGAAGGCUUCCUUAUCCGGAUCGAUGCUGUUGUCGCCGCCGGUUCGAAUCUUGCGGUUAUCGUAGCCAGGCAGGCUUCCGUGGAAGUUGGAAUAUGUCAUCGUGUAUCCACUGACAAAGGCGGAGCCGGCCCAGAGGAGACUGUUGUUGAUUAGUUUUGCUGUCGCUGUUUGAAUCGAGAACACUACUUACGUGACAAGAACGCCAAUGGCAACAAUGGACUUGGAGAUGCCGCACCGUGUGCCGCAGAGGUCCUUGGAGUUGUAUGAAGCUUGUGACGCGAAUGCGGAGAGCGCCAGGAUCGUGCAUACGACGUCGACUGCGAACAUGGCAAUGGGAUUGGCGUAUUUACGGGUUCGUUCGAAUCGCGGAGUUCCGAUUAGAUAGAUCCAAGCCGGGACAUAGAGGAAGAACUACAAGCCAAGCAAGUUAGCAGGGGGCGUCGUCGCAAUGCACUAGGUUGGGAGAUGUUGGGGGAAACGUACCACGGCGAAGGUCCAUCCAUUGUCGCCUACAAUGGUAGCCUUGGAGUCGUUGAAGACGGCAAUCUCGAGACACCAAGCCACAAAGGCGAGGAGGAUCUGCGAGCAGUGCAGAAUAAGUUUAGCAAGAGGAACAUUGUCGGGAUCCCACUCAAAGUCAACCAUGAUUGCGGCGGAGGUGCAGUCGUGCUUGUGGUGCUAGCGAGGAUAUUUUUUUGUUUACUCGGUGCUGGCGUCUGCGAAAGCUGAAAGGGGAGGUCGAGGCGCAAAGGAUGUUGUGAAAUUAGGAAUCGAAGUCGUCGUAGUAGCUGGUCGAAUGCGAACCGUUGCGUAGUUACAGUCCUGGAGCGAGACUUUGGGAAGGGAUGAAACCCUGGUAGAGCAAGGGUCUUUGUUCCUUUGUUUUUUCGAGGAGGCAAUCUAAAACAAUGCGGGCUGAGGCACGAUUCGUGUAAGCCGGGUUGUCUGAGGCGUAAGAUUUUGGAAAGUCCAAAAAAAAAGAGGAAGAAGAAAAAGAAGACAAGGUGACGAUGACGAGGAUAAAAGGAAAAGAAAAGCCAGGAAUACAAAAAUGGAAACGGCUGAGAACGAGGAUGAAGCGGGAGACGCAGGCUUUCCUUGUCAACGAGGCGGAGCGAGCUUGUGGUGGGACAAGGUGACGACAGAGCAACGCUUACAGUGGGCGAUGUGCUGUAAGAGCGGCUGUGAUUGGCUGUCACGCACACGUCGGGCUGGGCGGCAGUCGCUGUAAACACCAAAAAAACCACGCUGUCAGCCGUGCUUGUAGCGGGUUGGAGCGCCGCACAGGCGCCCCGCUGCGUUGGCUGGGCCACUGCGUUAGCGUCCCUCUGUGCGUGGUUAGGGCGCUAAAGCGGGAGGACUAGAGAGGAGCACUGCUGGUUUGGCAGUUGGGGGCCUAAAACGGGACGCUUGAUUUUCUCUUGUAUGGUUGAUUAUUGUUUCCUCUUUCUACCACCGUAUAGCGAUUAUAAGGAUAUUUCAUUUUAUUUCAAUUUAAUUGGUAAACUAAGUUACAUGCGCCUCUCUCAUCUAACAAAAUAUCAGCUGUUGUGAGGCUGACCCAGCUCAUCAGCCAGAGCCCGCCCCUUCCCUCAUUUUGCGUGUGCACGGCGCUCCUGUCUGCCUUCCGAGCGCCGCAAUGGCUUUUAAAAAUAGAGCCAGGCUGCGCCACCAACAAACGUCAGCCCGUGAUUUUCCUGCAGCCAUGAAGCAUCAGAUCGUCGACGGACAGAGGCGACAUAGCCGACUGAAUUGAAUUAUAUCUAUUGUGAUUUUUAUACGUUCUUGAUAAGUACAAGAUGCAAAGACGCCGCCUUGUAUGCACACACCCGAAAAUACAUCGCCGACCCCAAGGAAACCGCCUCCGUGUUUUUGAUACAUUUACUCUUCCGUUCUCGAAAGGGUGGAGUGCAGUUUGUGCUCUUUCAUCAUCGAGAUGCUAAGCAGACCCAAAACAGCAAUAGUAGACCCCGUGAGGAAUAAAGCACGGAACGCGUCCAUGUAGGACGCCAUUACACCGUCCUUCCAACCGGGUGGUAGAUCCUUGAGCGAAUCCAGACUCUUGAGGAUGUGCUCAAUAAUCUUCUCGGCGCGGGGUUCAUCUCCGAAUCGACUCCACAGACGUAGUCUGAGCACAUUUUGAUAGACUGCGCCGCCAAUGGUGACGCCGAUGGAUGAGCCAAGACUUCUGGCCAGAUCUGUAGUUGUGUUAGUUAAAGUGGACAGAGGCUUGGAUGAUGCGUAAGACUUACAAGUUCCUGACGUCACAACAGCCUGCUGCGAGUGAUCCACGGCCGCAAUACAUGCCAACAGUGUGAUUGUCAACAUGCCACCAUAUCCGCCGCCGACCAAGAAGAAACCAACACUUGCAACCCACAUGGGUGAUGUCAACGACUGCGAUAUGUAGACAAUAGUACCGGCAACAAAGAGGCAGAGGCAGGUUACUCCUGCUGCCCAGUAACGACCUGUGCGCUUCAUCACAAAUCCAGACAAGAUAGAGCCCAGCGAUGCUCCAAAAGGCGAUGGCAAGAGGUACAAGCCGGCAGUAGUGGGCGUAGCGCCGCGAACCUGCAAGAAAAGAGGGACGUAGAAAAGGCCCAUCAUGAUAACCAUGGUUGUUAGGAAGUUGGCUAGGCAUGCAGCCAGUACAGUGCGUUGGGCGAGUAGCUUGACGGGAAUGAUAGGCUGGCGCGCCUUGCUCUCCCACCACAGGAAGGCACCAAACGCAACAAAAGACAGAGGGAUAGUCGUCAAGGGGAUAGGUGAAAGCCAAUUUACACUCUCUCCGCCAGAGUUGAUGCCAACGAGCAGCAGGACAAGGAAACUGACAGUCAGGAAGACUCCGGCAAAGUCAAUACGAGCGAGGUAGGACUUGUUUGAUUGCUUUGGGGGCACUCUGAUAAGAAAGAAGGCGGCCACUGCUGACAGCAGAACGAGAGGCACUUGUAUCAGAAAGGCCAAUCGCCAUCCCGUCUUGGUGUGGUCGUUGAUAUAACCGCCAAAGAUACCGCCCAGCAUAGCACCACCGCUGUAGAACAGGUUGCCCAUGCCUUGCACGAUGCCUCUUUUGCGGAGAGGAAUUAGGUCGGAUCCGAUGAAGGUGGAAAUGCUCAUCAGGCCUCCGCCGCCAAUACCGGCAAUUACGCGGCCGAAAAUCAUGGUGCGCUGGUCCGUUGCCACACCGCAGAGAUAAUUGCCGAGGGCGAAGAAGACGUUACUAAAGACGAGGCCGGGGCCACGACCGAAAAUAUCUGUCAAACGACCGGAAAUAGGCUGGCACGCUGCAUUGGCGAUGAAGUAAGCCGAGGCAAGCCAGGACAUGAGGCCAAGCGAGUUGAAUUCGCUCGAGAUUGGGCCGGAGAGCGUGGCAAUGAUGGUGGAAUCGACAGCGCCUAGGAACACACCGACCCAGGCCGUGACCAUGAUCAUAGCGAGACGAACCAUCGGCAGCUCUUCUCCGAUGACCGUGGUUUCUUCAUCAUCGCCUGCGUGGGUUGUUUGUUCGCUUUGCUGGUGGUUCGCCGCUACACCAUUUUCUUCGUGCUGCUCGCGGAGCAGCGGCGUCUGCUCGGACGGCUUCAAUUUCCUAGCCAUGAUGCUGAGUCGUACACGAUGAAACUUGCAGAGAAUAAAUAUCCAAAAAAAAAAACAAUCGACCAGCUGCACGGCUUUAUACCGAUAAAAAAAGGGUCCCUAGUAGAAAAAUGCAAGCGAGUCGCGCGAUGGCGUUACGUGCGAGGUUGGUGACAAAUCGGCCUAGCUCGCACACAGUCCGGAGAAGAAGUUGGGGCUUGCUUGGGGAAGGGCAGGCUGCGGCCGGAAACCGGCGACCGGCACUGUGACAAAGCCGAGCCUGGUGCGGCGGCGGCGAUAACGUGGGGGAGCUGAGCUCUGUUUUUGUAAGCAGGUCCUUUUUUUAAUAUAUUUAAAAGGAACGAAUACAGAGA